AUGCAUAGUUUGAAAACGUGCGUAGCGAUUUAUCCACCAAUGCUUGAUCUAUUUGUGAAGAUUCCAGAAAACGUUUUAAUAGAAAACGGAGUGGCACUUGAUGAGAUAGUGGCAUACUCAGAAGAAAAACACUCAAAACUGCAUACACACAUAAUGAAAAUCGUUGCAAGCAACGUAAACGCAUUUGAUUCACGGGCAGGUGGUGCUACAUUCAACACACAGAAAAUUCUCUCUGCAAGAAUGGAGUGCUACUUCUUCGGAGUCAUAGGAGAUGAUAUAUAUGGAGAGAUGAUAGUGUCCAAGAUGCAGAACACCCAGGUAAAAAUACAGUUAGAUAAAAGCAAAGAAUUCAAAACACCGUGGGCAUACGUGUUUAUUAACGGCGACAAAAGGGCAAACAUUGCAUUCCAGGAAAGCAAGCUGUGCUACUCAAAAGAUGCGUUGGACUCCAUAAAGAGCCAGGUGAACAGAAAUACUGUAUUCUACUUUGUUUCUUUUAUGUGCAUGCUCCCGAAUAUAGUAAAAGAUGCCAUGGAGCUCUAUAAAGACAAAGAGACAAUUGGGUUCUGCAGUGUGGUAAAUCUAUCCUCAAAAGAGAUUGUGUGCAAGUUCAGGACAGAUAUUAUAAAUAUAAUAAAAGUUUCUGACUUUAUUAUAGGUAAUAGGCUGGAGUACUACGCUCUGGCAGAGGUGGACACGGAGGAGUCUCUUAUUAAAUGGCUAGAAGGGCUUAACGUGGCAUACGCUAUUACAGACGGAGCAGAUGAGGUUAUUGGAAAGACUCCAAAUGGACCGCUGAGAAGGAUUUCACCGCGGACAGUUUCUGAAGAAGCAUUUACAAAUGGAGCAGGAGACUCCUUUGCAGCAGGAUUCAUUGGGGCAAUGAAGGAUAAGGAGUAUAAAAACAUUACAGACAUCCUUCCUCUGCUUCAAAGCGGAGUUGAUGCAUCAUACAACCAUAUAACAAGCCAUAAGAGUGGAUAA